AUGCCACCGUUGUCGUCUUCAGCCCUCCCCGUCUGCUCGCGAUGCAUGCGACCGGGUUUUGCUCAGCGGGUUGCCCGAACCACUCAACAAGUCCGCCGUCUUUCGACGCCACCAAAAGAAAGUCAUGGAGAGAAAGAGCAAGAGAAGGAACAAGGCGCCAUGUCACGCAGACUGGCUGCACUGAGUGAGGAAGGUCUCGAGUCUGGAGGCCGCAGUGCCCGUAGAGCCGUGGAGGAAGCAGGUUUCGACGAAGGCCUCAAACAGGAGUUACUCGAGCGAAUUGCUACUGCCUCUUUUCGGAAUGAGCACGCUGGAGCCAUCUCUCAGGCAGAAAUGCCUAAUAGUGCCAGCCGUCACAGCAGAGAUAUAGCUGGUGCGGCGCCGUGGUCUGGUACCGAGAGCGUGCAUGAUGCAUCGCUGCGCAUGCUCAAUGAUUCACACAAGCCUCUUAAGCCUGUCAGGCGAUCUUCCGCUGGACCUUCUCGAGGACCUCCCAGCAAGAUUGAUACUGGUAGACCUAGGAACGCCCCAUCUUCUGGUCUCCGAUUAGCGAACGCACGCGACAAGACGUCUAUCUAUGCCGAGAUGAAAGAGCUACCGGACGACGAGAGGGAGAAGUUCCGAAAGGAAUUGAAAGAACGCUUCACACCUACUGCUCGCUCUGCACCUGUAACUCUGAAGGGACUGGAGUCUCUUGCUAAUGAGCGCAUAGAAGAUGCAAUUGCUCGAGGCAAAUUCAAGAAUCUACCAAGAGGCAAGGCUAUCGAAAGAGACUACAAUGCGAGUAGUCCUUUCAUCAACACCACCGAAUACAUGCUCAAUCGCAUGAUUCAGCGACAAGAUAUCGUGCCUCCAUGGAUCGAAAAGCAACAAGACAUUGUCAGCACCUCCAACCGCUUCAGAGCUCGCCUUCGUGCCGACUGGCGGAGACAUGUUGCGAGGUCCAUCGCUAGUAGAGGAGGAUCUCUGGAAAGCCAACUAGCACUUGCUGAAGAAUAUGCGCGCGCAGAAGCCAUUGAUAACCCGCCCGCAAGGAAACGGACGGAGAAGAUCAACACCAUCGACAAAGCUGGCCACCUUACUCAGAUAACACUCGAUGGCGAGAUCAAGACAUCUGGCACUGCAGCUAUUCAAGAUUCACAGCAAAUAACCAUCACCGAAACUCCCAUCGACGAGGCAGCAAAGCCAAUAUCAAAAGAGGGCGAGCUACAGAUCUCCGUCGAUGCACCCAUGGAAGCCGUGAUAGAAGAACCAAAAGCUGCACCACUCAAAGUCGCACCAUUCAGGGAUGCAGACUGGCUACGCACCGAAAGGGCUUACCACCAAGCCGCCAUCGACAACCUGAAUCAAUUGACACGCUCAUACAAUCUCAUGUGUCCAGCACUGGCCCAACGACCAUACUUUUUCCUCGACCGCGAGUUGAAUUCGUGCUAUGCGGAAGUUGCGCCACAGGUGGCUGAUACCAUCAGAGAACGUGCAGUGGCGCCAAAGCCAAGGUUCGAGGCUACUUCCAACAACAAGCCUUCUAGAAUCUUGGGUAAUCUGGCUGGUCCUGCUAGUAAAGUGUAUGAUGAGCAACGACCCCAGUUUGGUUUCAGGGAUCUCUGGAGAGAGUGGUUUAGCAAAAAGUAG